CUUAUAUAUUGCCGAUCGAGGGAGACGGAGCGCCUCCGCCCUCUUCUUUCCGAAGGCAACAAGACGAUCAUUCCGAAGGCAGAAAGAGGAAUUCGAAUGAAGUUCCGGUUGAAAUCAGAACAGGCCCAGAUUCCACCAAACUAGCAGAUUCAAUUAAUAGAGGUGAAUUACUGUUGCUCGUCUGCUAAAGUUUUCAGUUUUAAAAGCUUUAUUAGGAAGGCCGGUCCAAUGGUGGGAGAACUCGGAGAAGUAUCGCCGCCGCGAGAGGGUGAAUUUGGCUACCACUCGGAAGAUAUGGAAAUUCCUUCUGCAGGCGAAGGAGAAGUAUCACCUCCGGCAAGCCCAUGUCCCUGGCUGGUGUUUGACGACGGCGAAGGUUACAAAACACAAACUUUUUGCUGCAACAUUACAGGACCACCUUCCUCCUCGGUCAAGAUGUAUCCCAAGAGAAUCCCAGUUUUGCAAAACAAAAAGGUUGUUUGUUGUUCCCAUGGCAAGCUAGUUUUGUGGGAUGUUGAUACCAAAUUGCUGUCACUCUGCAAUUCCACCACCUUUGAUGACAUUGUAUCCCUUCCUAGUUUGCAUCACUUGUCAAAUUACGGGAUUGAUACUUGUCUGCUACUCGACUGUCUCUUUGACAAUAAGUUGGAUGAUCUCAUGGUUGUAAUAUUCUUGGAAAGUUUUCCAUCCAUAGUGUGCUGUUCAGUUGGUUCUGGAAGUGAGUGGAGUGAAAUAGCAUACGGGGAGCAGUUGAAUGCUUAUUUUCCUGAUGACCUCAUAGAAAAGUUUGAAUGUGCUGGAGUCGGACCUCUCUUUUUUAGUAGGGCAGCAGUUAUUUGUGACAGUAUACUGAUUGUCAAUCUUCAAAUAAAACGGCGUGAUUGUUUCUUCCUUACGUGGGUGAUAGAGAUUGUUGAGGAAGAAGAACGACUGGGACUGGUGUUUUUUUGUCCUGUGGGUGUGCCUAAUGGUACAUUUCGAGGACCACAGACUCCUAUAAAUGUGUAUUUGUUGGAAUCUUGUGGGGAAAUCUUCUGUUUAUAUUUUUUCACUAAAGCUCUAGCCUUUGAGGUCUACAGACUGAAUUUUGAUGACCUGGUCUUUGAGAGAGUUAAAGAAGUAAGGGACAUAGCGUUCUUUGUUGGGGAGAGGUAUUGUCUGUCCUGUCCUAUAUCAGGACCAGGUCUCAUAUACUUCACCACCUACGGUGACACCGAUAAUUUAUAUUGCUUCUACACACAUGAUGAUAGCAUUAUGACGUCUCCCCUUCCUUGUCCAUUGCUUUCUUCUCCAACUUGGAUGUUUUGCAAUGUUAUGGCUCAUGACAUGCCUCUCAGGCUGGAAGAAAAUCAUUGCAACAAAGGCAUCAUCAGCAAGCAAGGAAAAAACAGCACCACUCAAUCAAUAUGGGAGUUUGAUGAGAAUGGAGAGCAAGGCAAAAGACUUCGUGACCUUCCUUUGGAUAUGUUUGAAGAAGUUUCCAAGCAUCUCGUAGCAUUUGAUUACCUGAGUUUUCGAGCUGCGAGUAAAAUCUUCCGUUCUGUUGCCCCUCCAAUCAGUUGGAGAAGAGCAUUGUCAGAUGGAUUGGGAGCUUAUAAUUUCUCUUGUCCAUUGCUCAUGUUUGCCAACAGAGCUGAAAAUGUUUACAAAUUUGUAGAUCCCAAUAUAAACAGCAGCAGUUAUAAUUAUUACCUGAUGAGGAUCCCCGAUUCUCUUAAAAAUCCGACAACCAUCUGUUAUUCACAUCAAGGCUGGUUGCUUUUGUUGGAACCUCUGCGUGCCAUUCAUCUCUACAACCCGUUUACCCGGGAUAUCAUCAGUUGCAACCGUAGGUACGGGGAGGGGGUUGAGGAGAGCACAUUUUUCUAUUCAAGGCCAUCUGCUAUUACUACUUCUAAUGGCGAUUGUCCAAUCAUUAGCGUUGGUUUCUUUGAGGAGAAGAAAACUAUGGUUAAAGUGAUCAGCACCCGCCCCGGGGAUGAAAUUGUGAGGCAUUUUGAUGUGGAAAGCAAUAGGGUUUUCAAGGUGGAAAGCCAUCUGACAAGCCCGGCCUUGUUCCAAGAUGCUUUCUAUUACUUAGAUAAGCAGGGACGUCUUGGAAAGCUUAAAAUAACAGAUUUGUCAUUGGGAGACAACUUGAGCUGGGAAGUUCUUGACAAACCCCAAUGCCCAGAUGGGCUUAUUGAUUCUUCAUAUCACAACUACCUGGUGGAGAGCGGCGGGGAGCUGAUUUCGGUGUUUGUUGGGCAUUUGGGUAAAUGGGUUUCGGUUUACAGGCUGAAUGGUGACGAAGAGGCUUGGGAAACGGUCACGGAUCUGGGCGGGUACGACUUGUACCUCAGCCCAUGUUCAUCCUUGUCUGCUUUGACAAAGACAAGGGGAGGGAACAGAAUCUAUUGCCCUUGGCUUCGUGGUUCUGAAAUUGUGUUCUUCUCUCUGGACACUGGCAAAUGGCAUUUCUCAGGGAGCAGAGAUUCAUCGUGUGAUCUUUACGAGACUGCAGUGUUGAACGAAGAUAUGAACUCAGCUGAAAUCCAAAUGCUCAAUGAUCUCAAAAUGCAUCUAAAUGGGUCAAUGAGUGGCCAAGAAACCACCACAGGGCGGCUAUGGAGCGACUUAGAGAGAAGAUGCCUCUCUCUCCUCAAGCGGCGGAACAACACCACGGCAUCUCUCCUCCAACUUCUCGCCUUCAUCCUACGAAACUCCCUGGAGACCAACGUCAACCUCUUCACCAAUCUCGUCACCGCCUUCCCCUCUGCCGACCGGAUCGCCGGAAUCUACUACUCCCGCCGCUUGUUCGACGGAUCUCCCCGGAAAGACGACAGCUUUCUCUGCAACACUAUGAUAAAAUCAUAUCUUGACACGGGAUACGUCAUGGAUGCUAUGGUUUUCUACAGGAAUUUGAUGGGGAACACGGGGUUUAAGCCUGACAACUACACCUUCUCGAGCUUGGCGAAGUGUUGUUCCUUGAAAGUAGCCUUCUGGGACGGCCUGGGUGUCCAUAAUCAUGCAUUGAAGUGCGGGGUUGUUUCCAAUUUGUAUGUGGCAACGUCUCUGGUCGACAUGUAUGGCAAGCUUGGGCGCAUUGAUUUUGCGCAGAAGGUGUUUGAUGAAAUGACUGAGAGGAGUUCUGUUUCGUGGACUGCUCUCAUAGGAGGAUACAUGAGGUGUGGUGAUAUGGGUAUUGCAAAGAAGCUUUUUUGCUUGAACCCGGAGAAGGACACUGCAGCUUUUAAUAUGAUGAUUGAUGCUUUUUUGAAGCUGGGAGAUAUGGAGUCAGCAGAGAGCUUAUUUGCUGAAAUGCCAUCAAGAAAUGUGGUGACCUGGACCAGCAUGAUCGAUGGGUACUGCACUACAGGCAGCAUUACAGAAGCAAGACGUCUAUUUGAUAUGAUGCCUGAAAAGAACAUAUGUUCUUGGAAUGCAAUGAUUGGUGGGUACAGUCAAAACAAGCAACCGCAUGAGGCAUUGAGGUUGUUCCAUGAAUUGAGGACGAUGACUAAUUUGGAGAUGGAUGAUGUCACGGCUGUCAGCGUGCUUCCAGCUAUUGCUGAACUGGGUGCUUUAGAUUUGGGCAUCUCGGUUCACCACAUUGUGAAGGCAAAGAAACUGGACAGAAGAAACCCAAAUGUUUCCACUGCACUGGUCGAUAUGUAUGCCAAGUGCGGUGAAAUAGGAAAAGCCACAAGAUUUUUCAAUGAAAUGCAGACCGGUAAAGUGGCAUCCACUUGGAAUGCCAUGAUAAACGGAUUGGCAGUAAACGGAUGUGCUGAGGAAGCAUUGGAAGUAUUCAAACAAAUGACAAGCAGUGGGUGCAAACCGAACAACAUAACCAUGCUAGGUGUUUUGUCAGCUUGCAACCACGCCGGGUUGGUUGAAGAAGGAAAGAGGUGGUUCAGAGCAAUGGAGAAAUAUGGGGUUACACCCGAGAUCGAACACUACGGUUGUUUGGUUGAUCUUUUAGGAAGGGCAGGACAUUUGGAAGAAGCUGAGAGAUUGGUGGAGCGCAUGCCGUAUGAGGCUAAUGGGGUAAUUCUCAGUUCUUUUCUGUUUGCCUGUGGAUAUGCAAAGGACGUGACGAGGGCAGAGAAGUUGAAGGAUAAGGCGAUUGAGUUGGAGCCGUGGAACAGUGGGAUUUAUGUUAUGAUGAGGAAUAUGUAUGCUAAAGAGAAGAGAUGGAAGGAUGUUAGAGAAGUGAAGGGAUUGAUGAGGGAAAUGGGGGCAAAGAAAGAGGCUGGUUGCAGUGCUGUUGAAGUUGAUGGUGAGGUUUGGGAGUUUGUAGCUGGGGAUAAUAAGGUAAAUCCUCAUUGUGAGGAUAUUUAUUUGCUCCUGGAGCACUUGCAGAUGUGCAUGAAGAUGCAAGCAAUGCAGGACACACCAUUUCAAUCUGAUUGACUAUUAUUUGUCCAAAGAGUAAUUCACUUUUACUAUUUGAGUCUCUCGAUAACUUUUGUGUACUCAGAUAGUCAGGUGUUUUU